CACGGCUAUGUUUUAAUUCGCCUUUAGGGUAAACAUGGGUAAAAUUGGUAAACCACAGAAAAGCAGAAAACAUAAGAAGGUGUUACCGUUCGACCCGUCACUUGAAGGUGACAGAAAGAGCUUUAGGCAAGACAAAACGGCAAACAAGCCUCCUAAAAAUGAAGAGGAACAAGAAAUACCGAGGAAGCUACAAUAUUUCAUAGAUCAUAAAGGAAGUUUUCCAGAGAAGAAAGUGAACCGAAGAAAUAGGUUUAAAAAACAGAAAAAUGACGACCAUGCAGAAAAAGGCAUGACAAAGCCUAUGAUGCCAGCACCAAGAUUUAUUCAACAUAGAAAUGAAAGUGAGGGAAAGUUCAUGGCAAGAGUUGAUAGAGAAACAAAGGCAGUUAUUUUGACAUCACAGUUGUCAGACAAAUAUCAGGUCGACUUUGAAGAACUUGAGAAUGGAAACAUAACGAAAAAGAAGAAAAAGAUGAAUAGUGCUAAAAAAAUGAGACUGAAGGAAAAGAAAACUCAUAAGAAAGAAAAGAAACUGGAACACCAGAUGGAGAAAAAAGGGGAUUUCUCAUAUCUCAAUGAUAAAGUACGAUUUGGAGAGGUUGCUAUGGCACCACCCACCUUGAAGAUUAAACCAAAAAAAGCACCUGGGUCCAAGGAUGCUAUUCCUAGGCCUGGUAAGAAAUCUCUACUUCUGAAGGAGAUUAUUGCUGGCAAUGCAAGAGAGGGCUUGGGAAGAAGCAUACUGUCAUCACGUGAAGUUGGUCAGACACUAAAACGAAAACAAAUGUCCCUUUCACAGCAACACACUAUGGACAGUGAACGAAACAAGGCAAUUAAGUUGUAUAGACAACUCAGAGACAAACAAAAUAAAACACCUAGCUGAU